AUGUCCUUAUUACAACCUUGGCAAGAAAAAGCUGCUCAAAAACGAACAUCUCUUUAUGAUUUAAUUCCACAAGAAUGGAGAUUACCUAAAUCAAUUAUAAAUAAUCCUCCAAAGAAUUCAACAAUAGUUCCAUCUCAAUGUGGAAUACUUUCAAAACUUGAUCUUGAAAUUACAGAAAUUGAUAAUAUCGAAGAACUUGCUCAUCGAAUUGCUCAAGGAAAAUAUUCUGCCGUACAAGUAAUCGAAGCUUAUUGUAAACGUGCUGCUAUUGCUCAUCAACUUGUUAAUUGUUUAGCUGAAAUAUUUUUUACUCAAGCUCUUGAACGAGCUCAAUAUCUUGAUGAUUAUUUUAAAUCAACUGGAGGAAAAACAAUAGGACCAUUUCAUGGUAUACCAAUUAGUUUUAAAGAUCAAUUUAAUAUUAAAGGUAUUGAAACAGCAAUGGCUUAUAUUGGAUAUCUAGGAGAUAUUGCCGAACAUAAUUCAAUUCUUGUUGAUAUUGUUCUUUCUCUUGGAGCUGUGCUUUAUGUCAAAACAGCUCUACCACAAACAAUAAUGCUUCCUGAAACUCGAAGUCAUCUUUUAGGUAUAACUUUGAAUCCAUUAAAUCGAGAAUUAAGUUGUGGUGGAAGUUCUGGUGGUGAAGGAAGUUUAAUUGCUAUGAAAGGAAGUAUUUGUGGAUUAGGAACAGAUAUUGGUGGAAGUAUUCGAUUUCCAACAGCAUUAAAUGGUAUAUAUGGAUUAAAACCUUCUGAUGGAAGAAUUCCUUAUGGUCGAGCUAGAAAUUCAUUUGAUGGACAAGAAUCAGUUCCAAGUGUUAUUGGACCUAUGACAAGAUCUCUUUCAAAUAUUCGUUUAUUUUUUAAAUCAAUACUUGAAACAAAACCAUGGUUAAUCGAUCCUCAAGUUCAUAAUAUUCCAUGGAGAGAAGAUUUAUUUCAAGAAGGACAAAUGAAUAAAUUAUCUUUUGGAGUUAUUCAAUUUGAUCAAAAAGUUCAUCUUUCACCACCUGUUCAACGAGCAAUUAAUAUGUCUAUUAAUGCUCUUGAAAAAGCGGGUCAUCAAGUGAUUCAAUGGGAUACAAUAGAUCAUCCAGAGGGAAUCGAUAUUUUGGUGAAAAUGUAUCAAGCUGAUGGUGGAAAAGAUGUUCAAAAAGCUCUUGAUCUAAGUGGAGAAUCAAUUGUUCCUGGUGCUUUUGUUGGAAAACCAGAAACUGAAAUAAGUGUUUAUGAAUAUUGGCAACUUAAUGUAGCUCGUAGAGAUUAUGCAAUGAAAUAUCUUGAAAAAUGGAAUAAAACUAAAGAAAUAACUUCAACAGGUCGACCUAUUGAUGGAAUUAUUUCACCUAUUUGUGGAUUACCUGCUUAUCCUCAUGAAUAUCAAAUUAGUAUUGAAUAUACUGGUAUUGUUAAUUUACUUCAAUUAACAUCUGUUAUACUUCCUAUUACUCGAGUUGAUUUGCAAUUAGAUCAAAUAACUGAUGAAUAUCGUAAUAUGAAAAUUGCAAGUGAUUUAGAUAAAAUGGCUAAAGAAACAUAUAAAGGACCUGAAGUUUUUGAAAAUUGUAUUGUAGGUUUACAAAUUAUUUGUCGAAGAUUAGAAGAAGAAAAGGCAAUUGGUAUGGCAAUGGUUUUAGAAAAAGCACUUGAAUUAUAUCAAUAA